GAUGAGGAGGAAAUGAGGUCGAGGAGAGAUCUUUUCCUGCGGUCUCCUUCUGUCAGCUCCACAGCCAGCUCCACAGACCCGGACAGGAAGCUUCCUGCAGAUUUCUGCUUCCAACAAGGGACUCCCAGUGAAAACGUCUCCACUGAGCAUGUGGACUUUCUGUUGGCCCGCCAGCAGUGGAGGAAGAUGGAGGAGGAGGUCAAAGGUCAGCCAAUCCCCAAACCAGGGCUCAGAGCUCAGGGGAGCUUCCAGGGCACCCACUCUUCACUGUAUCCCCCCACUCGCAGCCCCCGACUCAAGCACAGGGAGAUACACCCACCAGUGCCCAGGGAGCCUGCCCUGUCCUCCACCAUGUCCCCUAGUUCAGAGGACUCCGGCCUGGAUGACUUGUCAUACCGCAGCCCACCGGAGGAGCCAGAGAGUGCGGUGGAGAGAGAGAUCCGACUGACUCUGGAGAGAGAAGAACGGCACCGCAGGGAGAGAGGGGUGAUUACACAGGGCCUCGCUAUACCCAGACCCUCCACCCUGCAGACAGGACGAUCUCCUCCUAGACCUCCAGCCUGCCGCACCCCUACCUUGUCCAUCUCCCCGUCCCCUUCCUGCUCCUCAUCAAUUCCCCGAUCGGUCUACCAUGAAAUGACAGCCAAUAAUGUCAUCAUUUUGGAGCCCGACUGCUCCAGCUCCGCAUCCAGGAACCGCUUACUUUCCUCUGCAAUCGGGGGACUCUCUGAUUGGCCGGCUAGCCAGGAUGCAAUGCCUUCUGCCAACGUCAUUGUUGUAGAAACCUCCAAUCUCAUCAUUCGCAGCGCUUCUGAGUUCUGCCUAAGCUCCGCCCCUGUGUCCAUGGAACCACAGGAGAGCACUUUCACAUCCAAUCCGUUCUUCAAGUUACGCUCCCUCAGCAGCCAGUCUCUGGUGGAGCAGGAAAUCCGCAUGGUGAGACAGAGGGAGGAAGAGUGGAGGAGGCAGAGGGAGGAGAUGUGGAGGAGGAGGAGGGAGGAAGAGUGGAGGAGAGGGAGAGAGAGGUACGAUACUGUGCUGGUAUCUCCAGGCCUCACCGAUAACAUCAGCUUCAGUGUGCCAGAGGUUCCAGACAGAUGUGUCUCCUCCCCUUCAUCCCCCUCCAGGACCCGCAAAAUGGAACGCUCCAGUAUGUCUUGUGACCACAAGUUUCCCCCUUGCCUCUCUUCGGUGCCAAGACGACAGAACGCCAUGGCGCAGCGAUGGGAGGCCUCCCUGUUAGCCAAUCAGAAGAAGGAAUGAGCAAAGACAGUGGUCAGCUGUCGGCCAUUUGAAAAUGAAAUCUUAUGCCUCCGAUCCUUCAUCCUUCUGUAAGAAAAAUCACACAGCCCUCUCUGUCAGCAGCUGAUGUUUGAUGUCUGUCAAAGCUAUGAGUUUGAAGCAAUGCAUUACAAAUGUGUUGUCUGAAGGAUGCCCCAUGAAAGGAGGACUGCGUCGUUCACUGAGUUUGGUUUCAAAGAUUAACGUAAAUUACCUAGUUUGGGUUUCUAGAAAAGUUCGGCAAAGUUGAGAAGUCCUGCUUUCAGAGUCAAACUGGUUUUUUUGCAGGAUGUCUGAAACAAAAGGACUGUAAGUCACAACGGAACUGCCAGCCAUGUCACACUUAACACUUUUUUUCUUAUAUAUAAUAACUUUUGUGGACGUUGAAGGCACAGGAGGCUUGUAACUAUAAUAAAUUAGUAUAAAAUUCAAUCAUAAUACAGUAAUACCACCAUUUUUGACAUAUGACCCAGAUUUUAUGUAAACCUUUGAAGCACAUGUCAAAAUCUGUAAAAAGACACUAUUUGUUUUAACUGAAAAAA